AUGCUCUCAUGUCUUGCCAAACUGACUGUCUGGCAGCAGGUUCACAACAAAUAUUUGGGCGCAGAAACUUCCAUCAUUCCCCUAGGCCUUCACCAUCUUCUUGCCACCGUUCGAUCUCCUUAUGUUCGUACGACGUCCGAUCUUCGUAUCAUUGCUACCACAUUGGAAUCCAUUUCGUUAUCACAUUGGUCCUUUAUCUUCAAUGAUAUGCCGUUUACCACUGACACUGUCUUCGCCCUGGUCGCUCAAAAGAUGUGUCAACACAAACAAGAGUCAUUCAUGGCGACUGGCAUUCCGCACUUACCUCCUCCUUUCUUCUUUGUAGAUCCCAUUUAA